UCGACCUUCAAAUGAAGACCCGAGGAAGAUGAACUUUCGAAGACCCCAAUUGCUGUUUGUGUUAGAUUAAGAAGAUGAAACCCUAACUCAUUUGGGGAAGGUGAGCUAUGGGUUUCUGGAAAAUUCAUUUGGGGAAGGUGUUUAUGGGAAGCUUACAAUGUGUGUUCAAUGUGCGAGGACCAAGACUUGGACCGUAAGAGCCUAAGGCAAAAGGAACUCUCCCCCGGCGUACCUCAAAUGAAAACACAGACCCGAAAAGGAUAAUAAAAGGGCCGGGCCGAACUUAAAGCAUCCCGAAACUUCCAAUUCUCUCCAUCCCUAAACAUAUAUCAGUGCGACACAACAGCAGAACACGAAAGAGAGAAACAAAGCAACUAUCAUUUUCACUUUUUUUUUUUUUCUCUUCUUACCAAAUUUAAAAUUAAUAAUGGAGGCGACAUCCAUGGAUGAACAAUUACCUUCAAUCUCGCAACAACCAUCGCAGUCUAUGCCUCCGCCUCCCCCUCCACCGGAGCAGCCUGAGGUUUCAGGCGGCGGCGGAGGAGAUGAAGAAGAGGAGGACGAAGAAGAAGAAGAAGAGGAUGAAGACGAGGGUUUGAUUUCCAAAGCUCAAAAAUUCAUGGAAAUGAUCACUUCUUCUCCUGAUAAUCCUAACCCUAAGGCUCUUCAUGCCCUUGCUUCUCUUCUCGAAACUCAAGAAUCCAGGUACAUGGAAGAAGCUGAUCAUUCCUCAUCCAACCAAACUCGAGCUUCGUUCAGUAUUGGACGUUUGGGUAAUUUAAUUCGGGAAAAUGAUGAAUUCUUUGAGUUGAUAUCAUCCAAAUUUCUAUCAGAGUCGCGUUACUCAAUAGCUAUCCAGGCUGCUGCUGCAAGGGUGCUUCUUAGUUGCUCUUUAACUUGGAUGUAUCCUCAUGUUUUUGAAGAUGAUGUUACAGAAAAUAUAAAAAAUUGGGUGUUGGAAGAUAAUUCAAUUUAUUCCAGUGACGAGGGCGCAUGGAAGCGCCAAUUUGGUGAGAAAAAAUGCUCUGAUUUUGAUAUGCGCAAGACCUACUCGAUAGGCCUUCUUGCGUUAUGCUUAACAAGUGGCAGUCAAGUAGUUGAAGAUGUCUUAACUUCUGGCUUGUCAGCGAAGUUGAUGCGUUAUCUUCGUAGUCGGGUUUUGGGCGAGACAAGUAGCAGUCUGAAAGACACAAGUCAUGUGCCUGAGAGCAAAGGUGUUUCUGUUGGAGGUGGAAGAUGUAGAGAUGAAAAUCGUGCCAGGUUACGAGCACCUUUGGAGAAUGCUGCUCUGGAUGAUUCUAGGAUCCUAGAAGAUGGAGGUUCAGCUGAUCUAGGUGCUGAGAGGGAUCAUGAUAGAAACAGUAAUAGGCAAGUUCAUGAGGAAGAAAAAUGGAUAAAUGGACCACCUGAAGGUCUUCCUGAAGAUGCUGGAAUUUAUGACGCAGACAUUGAUAGUGAGAACCGGUGGCAUGGGCAAGAUAUGCAUGAUGGUAGGAUAAAAACCGGGGAAAGAAAUGGUCCUGGAAUAUCCUUGCACGAAGAAGAUUUAGCUGAAAGCACACGGGAGGAUUCUGCCAGGCGUAAGGCUAACCGUGGGUCAGUAAGAUGUAGAGGAAAAACUAGGGUUAUUGAAUCUACCACCGAGCCUGAGCAGUCUAUUAUGUCGCCUGGGUCAGAAAGCCGUGGAGCGCAGGCACGCAGUAGAGAGAGGUGGCUAGCUAGAAAUUUUGAUGGUAAGCGAGUGAUUGAUAACAAAAAAAGUUCAAGUAGAUCAACUUCUGAAGGCACUGCUACGGAAAGAGAAGAUACUGAUGAAUGCAUUCAAGAGUGCAGAGUUGGCUCCAAAGACAUCUCAGAUUUUGUGAAAGCUGCUGUUAGAGCUGCUGAAGCGGAAGCAAGAGCUGCUAGUGCACCAUUAGAAGCUGUCAGAGCCGCUGGAGAGGCUGCUGCAGAACUGGUGAAAAGUACUGCAAUGGACGAAUAUAAAAAUACAAAUGAUGAAGAGGCUGCAUUUGCAGCAGCUUCAAGAGCUGCAUCCACUGUGAUUGAUGCAGCUAAUUCAAUUGAAGUUUCAAGGAAUUCUGAAAGUGUCAGUGCAGAUGUACCAAUCGGUGGAGAGAAAGAAGAGGCUGAGGAUGUGGAGUUUUUCAUCCCAGAUAGUGACACUCUUGCACAACAAAGGGAAAAGUUUUCCAUCCAGUGUCUUGUGCUCUUAGGAGAGUAUGUUGAAGUCUUAGGGCCUGUGUUGCAUGAAAAGGGAGUUGAUGUUUGCCUUGCGUUACUACGACGAUAUUCCGAGGAGAAAAAGGAAUCAGAAAUUGUCUCUUUCCUGCCUGAUGUCUUGAAGCUCAUUUGUGCUUUGGCUGCUCAUAGAAAAUUUGCUGCAGUGUUUGUUGAUCGGGGAGGGAUUCAGAAGCUACUUGCUGUUCCAAGAGUUCUUCACACUUUCUUCGGCCUUUCUUCUUGCUUGUUUACUAUUGGGUCUCUUCAGGGCAUCAUGGAGCGUGUAUGCGCGCUUCCUUCUGAUGUAAUACAUAAGCUGGUUCAGUUGGCUCUUCAGCUUCUGGAUUGCCCACAGGAUCAAGCCCGGAAAAAUGCAGCUUUAUUCUUGGCUGCUGCAUUUGUCUUCAGAGCCAUUCUUGAUGCUUUUGAUUCCCAGGACGGUCUCCAGAAAUUACUUGGUCAUUUACAUGAGGCUGCUUCUGUAAGAUCAGGAGUAAAUUCUGUGACCUUGGGGGGUACUGCUACAGGACCACUUAGAAAUGAUCGAUCAAAUGCCGAUGUACUUACAUCCUCAGAGAAACAGAUAGCUUAUCACACUGGUGUUGCUUUACGACAGUAUUUUAGAGCGCAGUUGCUGCUGCUAGUGGAUACUGUUCGUCCUAACAAAAGCAAUCGAAGCACCGCUCGGCAGAUUCCAAGCUCUAGAGCCGGUUAUAAGCCUCUUGACAUAAGUAAUGAAGCCAUGGAUGCAGUUUUUGUCCAGAUUCAGAAGGACCGGAAGCUUGGUCCUGCUUUGGUCCGAGCGAGAUGGCCUGCAGUUGAAAGAUUUUUAGCUUGUAAUGGACAUGUGACUAUGCUGGAGCUAUGUCAGGCUCCACCUGUUGAGCGAUAUUUGCAUGACUUGCUUCAAUAUGCGUUGGGCAUUUUGCAUAUUGUUACAUUGGUACCAUAUAGCCGUAAGCUGAUUGUUAAUGCCACAUUAAGCAAUGAUCGUGUCGGUAUAGCUGUUAUUUUGGAUGCUGCUACUGGACCUGGUUAUAUAGACCCUGAUAUUAUCCAGCAGGCGUUAAAUGUGUUAAUAAACCUUGUUUGCCCUCCACCGUCGAUCAGCAAUAAGCUGCCUCUUCUUGCACAUAGUCAGCAAUCUGUAUCUGUCCAAACCUCAAAUGCAGAGAGAAAUGUCUCUGAUCGAGUGGUUUCUGUGCCUAGUCAAAGUGAAGUAAGAGAGAAAAAUGUUGAACCCAGUACUGUAGAUCGGAGUUCGGCGAUGAGUAAUUCUUUGCAAAGUCCAGCUACUAAUUUAGCCUCAGGAUUAGUUGGCGAUCGUAGAAUUUCCUUAGGAGUUGGAGCUGGUUGUGCUGGUCUUGCCGCUCAGUUAGAACAAGGAUAUUGCCAAGCAAGAGAGGCAGUCCGUUCCAAUAAUGGUAUUAAGGUUCUUUUGCAACUUCUUCAGACCCGUGUGGUUUUGCCACCGGCAACUCUUGAUUGUCUACGUGCCCUUGCAUGUCGGGUGUUGCUUGGCUUAGCAAGAGAUGAUACCAUUGCACACAUAUUGACAAAGCUUCAGGUUGGCAAAAAGUUGUCGGAAGUCAUCAGAGAUUUGGGCAAUCAGACCCCUGGGACUGAGCAGAACCGGUGGCAAACAGAGUUAACGCAAGCUGCUAUUGAGUUAAUUGCGAUUGUGACAAAUUCAGGCCGAGCAAGCACUUUAGCUGCUACCGAUGCUGCUACUCCAACUCUUCGACGUAUCGAAAGAGCUUCUAUAGCUGCAGCUACCCCUAUUUCAUACCAUUCAAGGGAACUCUUGCUGCUUAUACAUGAACAUCUACAGGCAUGCGGUUUAUCUACUAGUUCUGCUGCUCUGAUGAAGGAGGCACAGUUAACACCUUUACCAUCUUUAUCUGCACCAUCAUCUCUUGCUCACCAUGCUUCUGUUCAAGAAACACCCUCUAUACAGAUACAGUGGCCAUCUGGCCGGGCUCUUGGAGGGUUUCUUAACAACAGGCCAAAGAUACAGAAUGAGGAAGUGAGUUCAAAAUGUGAUUCAGCUGUUAGUUCGAAGAAGAAGCCUCUUGUUUUCUCUUCUAGCUUUAAUGCACGAUCAAAAUGUCGCCCUUCACCUUUCGAGCUGCAAACAAUUUCCAUUAGUAAGGGACAGAGUAGUUCAAGAAGGGCCCCUGGAUCUGCAGUUCCUCCAGAAACUCCUUUGGCAUCAACAUCAGAAACGAUGGUUCAUGCUGAAACUCAUGUGAAGACCCCUAUAGUGUUGCCAAUGAAAAGGAAAUUGACGGAACUUAAAGAUGUUGCUCCUACUUCAUCUGCGAAGCGAUUGAAUGCCAGUGAGCAUGGAUUAAAGUCUCCAGUAUUUCAAACUCCUAAUAGUAUUCGCAGAGGGAGUCUAUUAAGUGACCUCUUUGGUUCUGUAACCCCAAAUUCGAAUUUCAAAGAUUUGUAUGGGCGACAAACACCAUCAGCUGGCCAAUUUGAUCAUUUUGAUGACAGUCAAUGCAAUGAUACUCCUUUUGCUUCUUGCCAACCAGGGCUAUCAGGUGAUUUACAACCUGCAAACUCUGAGAGGCUGACCUUAGAUUCCAUUAUUGUUCAGUACUUGAAGCAUCAGCAUCGUCAGUGUCCUGCUCCAAUAACCACUUUGCCUCCGCUUUCCCUCUUACAUUCUCAUGUUUGCCCCGAAUCUAGGAGGAGCCUUGAUGCCCCAUCUAAUGUGACUGCUCGUCUUUCUACUCGUGAAUUCAGAAGUAUGUAUGGAGGUAUCCAUGGAUCAAGGAAAGAUCGUCAGUUUGUUUAUAGCCGGUUUAGGCCAUGGCGAACUUGUAGAGAUGAUGCUGCUGCUCUUCUGACAUGCAUGACAUUUCUAGGUGAUUCUUCCCAGAUUGCUGCUGGAAGUCAUUCUGGGGAGCUCAAAAUUUUUGACACCACUAGUAACAAUAUUUUGGAGACUUGUACCAGUCAUCAGUCUCCCUUAACACUUGUCCAAUCAUAUCCUUCCCAUGGCACCCAUCUAGUGCUCUCGUCCAGUUCGCAUGAUGUUAAGCUGUGGGAUGCAUCUUCAAUUGCAGGGGGACCAAUCCAAACUUUUGAAGGUUGUAAAGCUGCUAGGUUUGGAAACACUGGGACGUGUUUUGCUGCCUUACCUACGGAAACAUCCCAACGUGAAAUAUUACUUUAUGAUGUGGCAACACAUCAGUUGGAUCAGAAAUUGUCAGAUACCUCAUCUGGUCCAUAUGGUCGAGUUCAUGCAUAUUCUAUUUUACACUUUAAUCCUUCAGAUACAAUGUUGCUUUGGAACGGCGUCUUGUGGGAUCGACGGGCUGCUGGUCAUGUCUAUCGAUUUGACCAGUUCACAGAUUAUGGUGGCGGCGGCUUUCAUCCUUCUGGAAAUGAGGUUAUCAUAAACUCGGAAGUUUGGGAUCUUCGGAAGUUCAGGCUUCUUAGAAGCGUGCCUUCUCUUGAUCAAACUGUGAUUACAUUUAACAGUAGUGGGGAUGUAAUUUAUGCUAUAUUACGGAGGAAUCUAGAUGACAUAAUGUCAGUUGUCAACACUCGGCGUUGCAAACAUCCACUGUUUUCUGCAUUCCGCACGUUGGAUGCUGUGAACUAUUCUGAUAUUGCCACCAUCCCUGUGGAUCGCUGUGUUCUGGACUUUGCAACUGAGCCAACGGAUUCAUUUGUUGGGUUAGUCACUAUGGAUGAUCAAGAUGAAAUGUUCUCGUCUGCUAGGGUUUAUGAAAUCGGUCGUCGAAGGCCACCUGAUGAUGACUCUGAUCCGGAUGAUGUAGAAAGUGAAGAGGAUGACGACGAUGAUGAUGAUGAAGAUGAUGUGGACCUAGACCCCAUUUUAGGCUCAGGCCUGGAUGGAGAUGGUGAUAGUGAGGCCGAUGAUUUGAGUAAUGACGAUAGUGGGACCGACAUCGAUGACGACGACGAUGGUGAUUUCCUGGUAAACGAUGCAGAUUACGAUGUAGGAGGUGAGCUUCUAGAAAUGAUGACAGGCGACGAAGAUGAAGAUUACGACAGCGACACAAUGGGAUCCUUUAGCAGUGGCGAUCACCUGUAACGGGUGCGAUUUUGGUUUAUAAAUUGUCCAACUGUCUAUACGGGUCAUGUAACUAUAUAGUUUAGGUCAAAAUAUUUCACUUGCCUUUCAAAAUCUUUCAGAUAGACAGAACCAAAAGAGAUAAAAAUCAUUAUUGUUUCCUGUUAAGGAUUUUGAUUUCAUUAUUCUAAAGUAUCCUCAAUUAUUUUCCUCA